GUCGGGUAAAAUUUUGAUUCUGACUGCGGUGAUGGGAGAGGUGUCACCUUAAUUGCUUGCCUUGCCAAAGUACUCGUCAACUACUACUUUUUGGAGGGAAGGAGUUCAGAGUUCAGACUACAGAAUUGGCCACUUGAUCGGCCUUCGAGGAAUAUAAUAUUUGAGCGGCUCCUUUUCUCCCUCUCCCGAUCAAAGAUACCCACCCGCAAUAAGUGAUCAAGCGAUUUCAGUGAAGCAACAAUGGUGUAAAGUUUUUCUUUUUUGGAAAUCUUGAUUCUUGAUUUAUGGCUUUUGUUUACUGGAAUCUAUACUCCCCACCCACUUUCUCCUCCGCCUCAAGGAAAUGAUGGACCUCUCUCUCUCUCUCUCUCUCUCCAUCCAUCCAUCCAUCCAUCCAUUAUAUAAAUAUGCAUCCCAUAUACCCUUCCUUCAAGGAGUAUCCAGUGAUCGUUUUCUUUGGCAUUCCCUUCCAAGUUACAGCCCUUGGAUUUCAUAUCAUCUCUCGAGAUUGCCAAAAUGGCUUCCAAGAGAAUUAGCAAGGAGCUCAAGGACCUGCAGAGAGACCCACCAACUUCAUGCAGUGCAGGUCCGGUGGCAGAGGAUAUGCUCCAUUGGCAAGCAACCAUCAUUGGUCCAAACGACAGCCCAUACGCUGGGGGUGUUUUCCUUGUAACCAUCCAUUUCCCACCUGAUUAUCCUUUCAAGCCUCCAAAGGUUGCCUUCAGGACCAAAGUUUUCCAUCCAAAUAUCAACAGUAAUGGAAACAUCUGCUUGGACAUACUCAAGGAGCAAUGGAGUCCAGCGCUCACCAUAGCCAAGGUUUUGCUCUCCAUAUGCUCGCUUCUUACAGAUCCAAACCCAGAUGAUCCACUGGUUCCUGAGAUUGCUCAUAUGUGCAAGACUGACAAGGUCAAGUACGAGUCCACAGCUCGCAUCUGGACUCAGAAGUAUGCUAUGGGUUAAACCCCCCAAUCUCUUAUAGUUAUAACCAAUCUUACACUAAAAUGAUUCCCCUUCUAUUCCAGAAUCUCAUUUAUCUAAAGCCUGGCACUUUGAUGCUAGUGUGGACAUUCUAUAUUGAAUAACCAGCUUAGUUUUUCCCUUUUUUUUUC